CUUCACAAUUGAAAUGUCUCGUAAAGACAGUAAAGACACUAACCCAGAAACCACAGGCGAUGAUAUUGCCAUCAUUGGUAUUGGUUGUCGCUUCCCUGGUGCUUCCUGUCUGAGAGAUUUCUGGAAGGUCCUGGUGAAUGGAGAAAACCACGUGGUUGAAAUCGAUGAUGAGCGGUGGAGUCAGGAUAUCUACUAUGACAAAGACCCACGCACACCUGGCAAGACAUAUGCACCAAGAGCAGGUUUCAUUAAGAAUUAUGCUCAUUUCGAUUUUAAAAUGUUUGGGAUCAAUGAGCACGAAGCUGCCCUGAUGGACCCCCAGCAGCGCCAGGUGUUGGAGUGCACGUACAUGGCGCUGGAGGACGCCGGCAUCACCAGACAACAAAUAGCAGGACAGGAAGUGGGGGUCUACAUAGGUUGCAUGAACAAUGACUUCACCCAGAUGUCCAACAAACACCCAUAUCUUGUCGACAACUACUCCGUGACAGGCACAGCAGUCAGCGUUGUAUCCAACAGAGUGUCCUACAUCUUUGAUCUCAGAGGACCAUCUAUGACCAUAGACACUGCCUGUUCAUCAUCUGUUGUGGCCUUACAUCAAGCCGGAUUAGCUAUGAAAGCAGGUGACUGCUCUAUGGCGAUAUGUGGAGGAGUGAAUCUUCUUCUCAAUGGAGGAGUUUUUGUACCUCUCAGCAAAGCUCAGAUGUUAUCUCCUACAGGACAAUGCCAUACGUUCUCUGCCAAUGCAGAUGGCUACACGAGAGGAGAAGGAUGUGGUAUAGUCAUUAUCAAGCCGCUCAAGCAGGCAAUGAAAGAUGGCGACAACAUAUGGGGAACGAUAGCUACCGGUCUAAAUCAAGAUGGACAUGUAGCCAAACCUCUCACAGCACCAUCUGGCGAGCAACAAGCACAACUGAUCCAGGAUGUGUAUUCCAAACAUGCCAUCGAUACAACAUCCAUAGACUAUAUCGAAGCACAUGGUACCGGCACAAAAAUCGGUGAUCCAGUGGAAGUCAAUGCUUUCGGGCAUUUCUUCCUGAAGCAACAACAGUCAAAAAGACGAUACAUUGGUUCUGUGAAGACCAACAUCGGCCAUCUGGAAUCAGCAGCAGGAGUGGCCGGACUCAUCAAGGUCCUGCUGAUGAUGAAACACAGCACCAUCGUGCCAUCCCUACACUUUGACAAGCCAAAUGAAGCAAUAGACUUUGACAGGUUUCAGUUUGUAGUACCAACAGAACCAGUCCCAUGGUUACCUGAUCAAAAAGUAGCAUGUCUUAAUUCAUUUGGGUUUGGGGGUGCUAAUAGUCAUGCCAUAGUUAAAAAUAGUUCAAACGGGCAAACUAAGAGCACAUAUUCUUGGACUAAACCUGUUGUCGUUUGCUUUUCUGGUUCUAAUCACCAAACUCUUAAAAAGAGCAUUGAACAGUUCCUCUCCAUUGAAAAACGUGACUAUGACGUUCAUGCUUUGUCAUAUACAUCAUGUGUCAGAAGAGAGCAUUUCCAGUGCAGACAGAUGUUCGUUGUAAGUGACAUGUUGAGUCUUGAGGAUCAGCUAACAGACUUCAUGAAGACAGACAGCAGAGAAGAACCAAAGAAGGGGCACUUGCGGCCACUUUUUGUUUUCUGUGGCAUGGGCACUGCAUGGAAAGGGAUGGGUAUAGAUUUAAUGGAACAAAACAAAGGGUUUCAGGAAACCAUGGAAGCUAUUGACACAUCUCUGAAACGCUUUGUCGGAUGGUCUCUCACCCAAAGACUGAGAGAAGAUGAUGUCUCAGAUCCUGUCCUUGGUCCAAUUGCUAUCUUUGCUUGCCAGGUGGCUCUCGCUCACCUGUGGAAGUCCUGGGGUGUAAUGCCCGCAGCUGUUGUAGGUCAGUCAGUGGGGGAGGUGGCUGCAGCACAUGUUGCUGGGAUUCUGUCAUUAGAUGAAGCUGUGAGGGUUAUAUACCACAGGACAAACAUCCUCUCCAGAGCUACCGGGGGUAAGAUGCUUUUGGUUAAGAAUAUGGACCCCCAAAAAGUGGAACAUCACUGUGACAUGUAUGAGGGCAAAAUCAGUGUGGGUCUUUACUACAGUCCAAAUGCAUGUACAGUGAGUGGCGAUGCUUCUGCAGUUGAUGAGCUUAAAGUUAAGCUAUCAAAUAUCGAUAGAGACAUAAAACUUAUAGACCUGCAAGUGACAACUGCCUUUCAUAGUCAUCACAUGGAUUCAUGCAAAGAACAAAUUGAUGAUGCUUUACAAAAUCUGAAGACACAGCACCCAACAGUUCCAUUCAUUUCAACCAUUGAUUCAAACUAUACAGUGGAGGAUUUGAGAGCAACAACAUACUGGUCUAAGAACGCCAGAGAACCAGUCAAAUUCGGGGCUGGUAUAAAGGCUGCCAUAAAAGAAAAUGCCCACAAUGUCUUCAUAGAGAUCGGACCACGCCCAGUUCUGAAAGCACAUAUUGGAGAUAUCUUACAAGGCACUCAUCAGACUGCAGAAAUUGUGACAUCAAUGACAACAAAUUCGAAAUAUGAAGAUCUUUUGAAAUCCCUGGGUGAACUUCAUGCAUGGAAUUGCAACAUAUGUUGGGAUCAACUGUGUGAAAUGUGCGGACAUACCACCCCUGAACCAACACACGCCUUCGAACACAAACAUGUCAUGGCAAUCCCAAAUGAAACAGAGGGAAGUGCUCACGGAGCAUCUCUCUCUAUGCAUCAUCUGUUUUUGACCCAAGCGGCGAGUGACACAAGACUGAAGAUGCACAUUGAUCCCUCAAUCUUUGCUUCAAUCUAUGAGCAUAAAAUCAAGGAUGUUAUCGUUAUUCCAGGAGCAACCUACGCAGAGACUGGAUUUGGAAUCACCAACCUGCUGAAGCUUUCAGAUCCCUACGCAUCAACUGUGUCAGUUGUGUUUCAAAAUCCAUACAUUUUGAAGAAGGCUUUCCCGGCUGAUUUGUCUGUAGACGUUACACACAAUGACAACUACACAAACUUCCAAGUGAAAGGAAAUGGUAUUACGUAUGCACAAGGAAAAAUAGAUCACAGAAGAGAGCAACCCACAGAGGAGAGACUAGACAUCGAGCGUAUUUUGAAACGAUGCACAGGAAAGGUGAAUAGGGAAGAUAUGUAUCAGAAGCUUGCAAAACUUGGAUUCAGCUAUGGUGAUAACUUUGCCACACUUGACUAUGCAUAUAGUGGGCAUGAUGAAGCACUAGUCAAAAUGGAAAUCCCUCAGAUGCUUAGAAAAGAAAUGGAAUCAACUUUUCUUCAUCCAGCUAUUCUUGAUGGCAUGCUUCAAUCAGCCGCAGCGACAUCCCUUGGAAUAGAUAAUGAGUUCUUUCCUGUUCAAUUAAGAGAUGUCCACUUGUAUCAAGCUUUAGAGGCAGAAAUGUUCACCUUCGUCCAAAGCAUGGAAUCAACUGACCGUUACCAUUCAUUUCAAAUGAAGCUUCUUUCCAAGAAUGGAAGGGUUCUUGUUGAGGUAGGACUGUUCAAGAUCAAAUUCAUAGGUACCGAAACCUGUGACUUUAUGGUACAAACCUGGACAAGAAUGGACGAGGUUUCCAUAGAAGAUGAUGUCCUGAACACAAAAAUUGCGGUAUUCACAGAUUCCAAAGUGUGUGCAAAUGAUGACACUCACAUCAUUAUCAGCAUGGAUAAACUAACAACUGAUUGGAUCAAGAAUGAACUUGAAUCAGUUUUAGAAGGAGUAUCAAAAGUAUGCUUCCUGUUGGCCACAAUUGAUGUUUCAACAGACAAUGGAGAUGCUAUCCAAGAAGAACUGAUUAAGCGCUUCCUUGCACUACGGUUGAUCGUUCUCUAUCUUACUAACAAACAAGCUGAGACACCCUUGAUAAUCAUGUCAGAAGCAACAAAAGCAGAGGCUGCAACUGAUGCAGCGUCUGCUACAGCGUGUCUGAAUGAGGCAAUGGCAGCAGCGACAAGAUGUAUCAUAAGAGAACACAGAACACUGACAAUUCAACUAGUGGAAGUCGUUGUGGGUGCAAGUGGGGAAUUGAUUACCAAAAUUAAAUACAUUCUGUCAAGACUUCAUGCAAUUCCUCCAGCCAAAUACCCAGAAAUACGGCUUCAAGAAGAUGGUGUUUACACAUCAUUACUGCAAGUCAUUUCUGAGGAAGCACCAAAGUACAGAAUCAGCAGUAUUCUCGACUCAGCUGAUGCCCUCCUGUGUUCAGCAAAUGACAGCGAGGUUAUUGAACAAUCGUUUGUCCAGGAUAUUGAUUCACAGCAAUAUUUUGAGAACAGAUCCAUUGAUGUCACUGUUGAUUCAGCUGUACUACACAGACCAUGCUUAUACAGCAUCACAGCUAAUAACCAAAACUUCAGAGACAUUCACAUGCACCCUAUCUUGUGUUUUGAGUUUGUUGGCAGGGUUGCAUCUGGGAAUGGUUCUGUGCAACCUCAACUUGUGGCUUUCUUCCCAUUGCUGAUUAAACCAACUGUUAAGAUCCCCAAGAGCUGCAUCAUGAAUAUAUCAAAGUUUCAGUGUUACCGGCCUGGUCUCAUGAUCAAGCUCUACUGUCUGUGGAAUCUGAGCCGUCAAGUGAAAAUGGAACGUGUAGCAAUCCUGUUCUCUCCGGAAACUGAAGCUGCUUCCAAGGUUCUUUCUCACAUGCUACAAUGUAAUGGAACCAAAUCCACAGCACUCAUCACACCAGAAGACCUGGCUGUAGAUGAAAAUUGCUCGCACGGGUCCUUAAUCGCAACAGUGACGAUAUCUCCUGACAUUCUCACAACACUUGUUUCAAAAUGGUCUAGACUAAACAAUGUAAUCACACUGGAAACAAUCAGCAAUGACCGGACACUCCAAUCCCUCCGUUUGAGUAAAUCUCGUCCAAGAGUGUACAGCGUGCGUCCAUUUGACAUAUUUGCUCCUUCUGCAAUUCUUGAAAAUGUGCAAAAGCUCUAUGCUUGGAUUGAGAAACAUCAGAAGAAAAUCCCAGAACUGUUCAUGUCCCUCACAAGGGAAACCUGUCCAAAAAUCGAAAAUACACCCAUCAGCAUAACAGAGGCCAUGCAGACAACAUGCCUACAUCUUUCUGAAGAUGGACUGGACAUGAAGGUAAUGAAAACACAAGUCAAUACUCUUUUCCACAGAUGUGGUUCCUAUAUUGUUGUUGGUGGACUUACUGGACUUGGGUGGGAGUGCGUCUCAUUCCUAGCUAAUGGAGGAGCAGGAUGUAUAGUUAUUCUCUCCAGACGGGAGUCUCCAAGUGAUGAAAAACAAGAGGAGAUACAAUUGCUGGAACAGACUUUCGGUUGUGUGGUAACAUUCAUUCAAGCAGAUGUAUGUAAUUUCAAGGCUUUGGAAUCUGCUUUGGAAACACUCAAAGCCAAAUUUUCUGGAUAUCCACUACGUGGCAUUUUCUAUGGUCCAGCAGUUAUUGAUGAUAGUCCACUCAUAGGCAUGACAGAAGAGAAAAUACGUAAAGUGGUCUCUCCAAAAGUAACUGGGGUGUGGAAUAUACAUGUCCUCACUGCCCACUUAAGCUUGGACUACUUUGUCAUGCAUUCAUCUGUCGUAUCUGCACUUGGAAAUGCUGGUCAAUCCAAUUACGGUGCAGGAAAUGGCUUCAUGGAUGGACUAGCACAUUUGCGGAGACGGUUUGAACAGAAUGGUCAGACUAUCAACUGGGGUGCACUGCAUACAGGCAUUUUAGAGCACAGUACAAAGUAUGUACGGGAUCGUUUGAGAGAGAAAGGGUUCAUUUUGAUUGAGAAGCAAGACAUUAGCAACUGUCUAGAGCAGACGCUAAUGCUGAACAAAGUGCAGAUGUUUAUAGUGAACGUUGACCGAAAGGAGAUGGCUAAGCAGCUAACUCGAGACAAGGAGAAGGUUUUACUACUCCGAUUGCAUGACUACUUGGAGCAUUUUUUAAAUGAACAGAAAGACAGUUUUUGUGAACAUUUGGAUGUGAAAGAAUUACGUUCAUUAGAUACAGAGGACAGGGUGAAUUUCUUACAAAGCUAUCUGAGGACACUUGUGUGCCAAAAGGCUUUGCUUGAAGAAAGUUCUUUUGAAGAUGAGAUUCCAUUGGCACAACAAGGACUAGAUUCAAUGUACGCCAUGGAGGUUGCUGGACAAAUUCAUGAUGAUACACAAGUAGAGAUUACUGCAAGUGACAUUCUUGUUAAUUCAGUGUCUGCCUUAACAAGUAUGAUAAAUGAACGUCUUUUCAGUGACAAUGGUAUACAGGAGCGCAGAGAAGAGUAUGAACAUGUUAUCAGUCAAACUGAUAUCCAGGACUCUAUUGAAAGGAUUGUCCUAGAAGAGGAACAGCAAAGUCAGAACAAGUCUGGAUUCAUUUAUACCCACGUAGUGCAUCUCCCAGAUGUUGCUGACGCUUCCUAUGUGGAGAGAUUUGCUACCGAAUGUGUCUCUAAACACUCUAUAGCAAGAAGGACCUUUGCGUUUUAUGACGGUGAUAUCAAAAGAGAAGAAACCAGAUCUAAUGCCAGCUUUCAAACCGUCAAUGAAACAAAUGCCACUGAAAUAGUGAGCAAAGCCCAUGAUUAUUUGGAUUUGGGAACGACAGGACCGAUAAAGUUCAUUUUUCUGUCUGACAGAUCGGAGAUGGUUCUUCUUUUUCACCGAGUUGCAUUUGACCACAAUGGGAUGAAGCUACUUGUAGAAGAAUUUAAAAGGUAUGGAGACGCUUUUAUGCACGGAAAAUCACCGGAAGAUGUCCAUGCAAACCCUGAAAGAAAUAUUGCCGAGGAGAUUCAACGUGUAUUGGCACCACAAUACGAAAACCUCAAGGCAUUCUGGGAGAAAACAUUGCCUGAGAUACCAUAUGCCACACUUUCCAUAAGCCCCAAUACACACAGAGGAGGAUAUUGCAGCGGCAUAGUCAUUGGGACAAGAAUGGACGAUGCAAUAAAUGCUAGUUUGCGCCGAUUCACCACAUCACGGAACUCAACACCAUUUGAUUUCAUGAUCAGUGUGUAUCAACUAAUGGUGGCCUUUAUUGCGAGUACCAAUUCCCCAUCAAUCCUAGUCCCCGUAGACUUGCGUCAGUAUGUAUCCUCAAUGGUCGGAUGUGUUGGAAGAUGUACAAACUACAUCCCAGUCAUAGCAAACACUCCCGAUCUGGGGUCAACCACAGUGGAAAUGUUCCUCAGUGAGAACCAGAAAAGACUUGAAGUGUACAAAAAACACGGCCUCUAUCUCUAUAAAAACCUGAAAGAUUUGCUGUCCGAGGACAGUUCCAAACAUAUGCACACAAAUCAGUUCAUCUACGAAUAUCAAACACUGAAGGAGGAUUUCAAUGAUAAGGAAGGGGAAAGUAACCUGACAUUUGCCCCUGAUGCAGAAACCUAUGUAUUUGUAUACAACAAAGAGGACAAUUCCAAAUAUUUAGAGCUGCAUUUGAGGUCUGACAUGUUUCCUAUUCCCCGAGCCAAAAAUCUCAAGAAGGAUGACUUGAAACACGCAGAGUUCAAUGCAUUUGUGAAGUUGGAAGGCCUGUUCUAUAUUUUGGAUGGAUCAGGUGGACCCCAUAUACUGACAGAGACUGAUGUUCUUGCAUGUGGAUCCUUGAAUGGUUUCUGA